AUGAUAUCUCCUAAACGGAAGAAGAUUGUACAAAGGAGUGAUGAAGAUGAUAUAGGGGCGGUUCUCAGUAAAAUACUCUUGGAGGAUUGUGAUUUAGAUAUGAAUACUCUUUUAAGGCUUCGAAAUUACCUACAAAACUCGAAGGAUAACGAAUUACAAGUUCAGUCAAUAAAAUUGAAAAUUGGGCAAACAGUUAUUACUAAUUUGCUGUGCCAAUAUAACGCGAUGGAAUCGGAGAAAGAUAAAGCAAUCUUUGAUAUCCUUUGCAUGCUCGAGAGAUCAUAUCAAAUAAGCAUGAGACCCUUUUUUCCUAUAAUAUGGGGAAAGCAAGCAAAAGAUAAUUAUGAAAAAUUGCGUCAGUUAGGACAGACUCUACACACGAAGCCUACGACGGAUCAGGUUCUGGAUUAUCUAAAUCCAAGGCUAAUGUGGGAUACAUUACUGAAGUCCGAACAGACAACCAGGAUCAAAAUAUCUGGAAAGGAUUCUUCGAGUCAGUUUUAUGAUGCCCGUUUCAUACUUCGUUUAUUGGCAAUCUUGAUAGAUGAUGGUGCAAAAAUGAACAGUCGAAAAUUUAUUGAUGUAAAUGGUCUUUCAUUUGCAUUUGCAGCAACGAGUUUUUUUAGCCGAAGUGAGCGCUGUAUUGCAUACUUGAUACUCAGACGUUUUCUACUUCACUUAACAGAAUUGGAUGGGGAUUCAUUUUCCGAAAAGUGUUUAUAUAUCUAUCUGUUGCAAAUAUUCAAAAACAGUAUCGAAAAUCCAAUUCAACGACUACCACACGUUGUUGCACAUUUUUUCGCAAGAGUGACCAAAUUGAUUUUGCAUCCCGAAGAUCCGGUCUAUCAACCAAUAUUGUCGUUUCUGCUGCUUAAGCCAAAUGUUGACGUUCAAAAUGUUCCGGAAAUUUACAAACUGUUAUUGAGUUCAAGUACACAGCAUUACAACAAGGAGCGUCAUUGAUAUGGGAUCAAGUUAUUACUAUCACUUUUUGGUAGUGUUAUUGCUGAUCAAGAAACGAAAAAAUACAUUUUACUAUCACUUCGGGCUAUCUUGCAGCAUCGAUCACUAGCUAAUGAUUUAUAUGUCCGGCACAAUCUGCAUUCUUGGAUUGUUUUAACUUUGCAGAAUAGAAUGGUAACCAGAUGGGAACGUGUAUUUUUAUGCCAGUUAUUUAUCAUGCUUAUUACACAUGUUAAAGAACUUUACCGUGACAACUCAAACAAUGAGUCCAUGGAGGACAACUGGCGUAAAACUGUAGUAUACAAAACAUGUCAAAUGCUUGGAAAUAAAAUAUCUGAUGAGCUAGAAAAGGAAAAUGACAGUGUGAAAAGUAUGUGGUUACCAAAGCUGAGGCAACUAUUGUGCAAGGAUAGUUGGACACCGUCCCUGGAGUCGAACUGCUUUAUUCAGAAUUGA